AUGUUUCCUAUGGUAACUGAGUUCAUGAAUUAUGGCCAACAAACAGUACGAGCUGCAAGGUAUAUUGGUCAAGGUUUCAUGAUUACCUUAUCACACGCGAAUCGUUUACCUGUAACUAUUCAAUACCCCUACGAAAAAUUGAUCACAUCCGAGCGUUUCCGCGGUCGAAUCCACUUUGAAUUUGAUAAAUGCAUUGCUUGUGAAGUAUGUGUUCGUGUAUGUCCUAUAGAUCUACCCGUUGUUGAUUGGAAAUUGGAAACUGAUAUUAGAAAGAAACGAUUGCUUAAUUACAGUAUUGAUUUCGGAAUAUGUAUAUUUUGUGGUAAUUGCGUUGAGUAUUGUCCAACAAAUUGCUUAUCAAUGACUGAAGAAUAUGAACUUUCUACUUAUGAUCGUCACGAAUUGAAUUAUAAUCAAAUUGCUUUGGGUCGGUUACCAAUGUCAAUAAUUGACGAUUACACAAUUCGAACAAUUUUAAAUUUGCCUGAAAUAAAAACUUAA